AGAUGCAGGGGCCCGCGCGCCCAGGGAGACCAGACUGCAGGAAAGCAGCCGCAGAGCGCCGCGCCGCUCAGUCCGCUCCCCCUUCUCGGGGGCCGCGGCCGGGAACUACAAGGCCCAGCAGGCAGCAGCAGGGGGAGGAGGAGGGGGUGGGACUAGCGCGGGUGCGAGUGAGAGAGCGAGAGCCCUCGCGCCUCGCCGGCGCACAGCGCUCGGAGCGCUCCUGCGGGCACUGGUGGGGCGGCCGGGGCAGCGGGCGGCGGCGAGCCGGAGCCCGAACUCUGGUCCAGCCUCAGCGCGCGGAGGAGCCCGGGCUGUGCCUGCAGCUGGGCGGCAACGUCCCGACUGGACUCAGACUCGGCUUAGCGCAUUGCGGCGACCUCGCCUUCCCCGGCCGCGAGCGCGCGCCGCAGCUGGAAAAGCCGCGGAGACCGAGGACUUUUCGCCGGUCCUAGGGGCGCCCCGCAGGGCGCACCGUCCUAGUGCUGCAGUCCGGCACGCCGUGGCGCCGGGGUCCCCGCAGGGCGAUGGAGCCCGGUCUGCGAGAAGCGUGAGGCGCCGCCGCCCGGUUCCGGAGAGGGGGCCCACAGGGUCUGGAGACCCCGGGCGGCGGACGGGAGCCCUCCCCCCCCCCGCCCCGCCUCCGGGGCACCAGCUUCGGCUCCAUUGUUCCCGCCCGGGCUGGAGGCGCUGAGCACCGAGCGCCACCGGGAGUCGAGCGCCGGCCGCGGGGCUCUCGCGGCCCCGCCAGGACCCCAGCGGAGCUCGGGGGCGGCGGGCCGGAGCUGGGGACGCGGGCGCCCGCCCGCCCGCACACGCCACGGCGGACUCUCCAGAGGCGGAACCGCAGCGCCGAGUGAGAGUCAGCUUGAAGAGGAAGAUCAGGCUCAAGACGGAGUCUCCAUGGAGGUGUGGAGCCAGGUCAGCGACCUCUAACAGCAGAACUGGGAUGUGGAGCUGGAAGUGUCUCCUCUUCUGGGCUGUGCUGGUCACAGCCGCGCUCUGCACCGCUAGGCCAGCCCCGACCUUGCCUGAACAAGCCCAGCCCUGGGGAGCCCCUGUGGAAGUGGAGUCCUUCCUGGUCCACCCUGGUGACCUGCUGCAGCUUCGCUGUCGGCUGCGGGACGAUGUCCAGAGCAUCAACUGGCUGCGGGACGGGGUGCAGCUGGUGGAAAGCAACCGUACCCGCAUCACAGGGGAGGAGGUGGAGGUGCGGGACUCCGUGCCUGCUGACUCCGGCCUCUACGCUUGCGUGACCAGCAGCCCCUCAGGCAGCGACACCACCUACUUCUCGGUCAACAUCUCAGAUGCUCUCCCCUCCUCGGAGGACGACGAUGAUGAUGAUGACUCCUCUUCAGAGGAGAAAGAGACAGAUAACACCAAACCAAACCGUAUGCCCGUGGCUCCGUACUGGACAUCCCCAGAAAAGAUGGAAAAGAAAUUGCACGCAGUGCCAGCUGCCAAGACUGUGAAGUUCAAAUGCCCUUCCAGUGGGACUCCCAACCCCACACUGCGCUGGCUGAAAAAUGGCAAAGAAUUCAAACCUGACCACAGGAUUGGAGGCUACAAGGUCCGUUAUGCCACCUGGAGCAUCAUAAUGGAUUCCGUGGUGCCUUCGGAUAAGGGCAACUACACCUGCAUCGUGGAGAACGAAUAUGGCAGCAUUAACCACACCUACCAGCUCGAUGUCGUGGAGCGGUCCCCUCACCGGCCCAUCCUGCAAGCAGGGUUGCCUGCCAACAAGACCGUGGCCCUGGGCAGCAAUGUGGAGUUCAUGUGUAAGGUGUACAGUGACCCACAGCCCCAUAUCCAGUGGCUAAAGCACAUCGAGGUGAAUGGGAGUAAGAUUGGUCCAGACAACCUGCCGUAUGUCCAGAUCUUGAAGACUGCCGGAGUUAAUACCACCGACAAAGAGAUGGAAGUGCUCCACUUAAGGAAUGUCUCCUUUGAGGAUGCGGGGGAGUAUACGUGCUUGGCGGGUAACUCUAUCGGACUCUCCCAUCACUCUGCAUGGUUGACCGUUUUGGAAGCCCUGGAAGAGAGGCCAGCAGUGAUGACCUCGCCCCUGUACCUGGAGAUCAUCAUCUAUUGCACCGGGGCCUUCCUCAUCUCCUGCAUGGUGGGGUCUGUCAUCAUCUACAAGAUGAAGAGUGGUACCAAGAAGAGCGACUUCCACAGCCAGAUGGCCGUGCACAAGCUAGCCAAGAGCAUCCCUCUGCGCAGACAGGUGUCGGCGGAUUCCAGUGCAUCCAUGAACUCUGGCGUUCUGCUUGUUCGGCCCUCACGUCUCUCCUCUAGUGGAACCCCCAUGCUGGCUGGGGUCUCUGAAUACGAGCUUCCUGAAGACCCUCGCUGGGAGCUGCCUCGAGACAGGCUGGUUUUAGGCAAACCCCUGGGAGAGGGCUGCUUUGGGCAGGUAGUGUUGGCGGAGGCCAUUGGGCUGGACAAGGACAAACCCAACCGUGUGACCAAAGUGGCUGUGAAGAUGUUGAAGGCGGACGCGACAGAGAAAGACCUGUCAGACCUGAUCUCAGAAAUGGAGAUGAUGAAGAUGAUCGGGAAGCACAAGAACAUCAUCAACCUGCUGGGGGCCUGCACACAGGACGGUCCUUUGUACGUCAUCGUGGAGUAUGCCUCCAAAGGCAACCUACGGGAGUACCUACAGGCCCGGAGGCCUCCUGGGCUGGAGUACUGUUACAACCCCAGUCACAACCCAGAGGAGCAGCUCUCCUCCAAGGACCUGGUAUCCUGCGCCUAUCAGGUGGCCCGGGGCAUGGAGUAUCUCGCCUCCAAGAAGUGCAUACACCGAGACCUGGCCGCCAGGAACGUGCUGGUGACCGAGGACAACGUGAUGAAGAUCGCAGACUUUGGCCUCGCGAGGGACAUUCACCACAUCGACUACUAUAAAAAGACAACCAACGGCCGGCUGCCUGUGAAGUGGAUGGCCCCCGAAGCCUUGUUUGACCGGAUCUACACCCACCAGAGUGACGUCUGGUCUUUUGGGGUGCUCCUGUGGGAAAUCUUCACUCUGGGAGGCUCCCCAUAUCCUGGCGUGCCUGUGGAGGAGCUUUUCAAGCUGCUGAAGGAGGGUCAUCGGAUGGACAAGCCCAGUAACUGCACCAAUGAGCUAUACAUGAUGAUGCGGGAUUGCUGGCAUGCAGUACCCUCUCAGAGACCUACCUUCAAGCAGCUGGUGGAAGACCUGGACCGCAUUGUGGCCUUGACCUCCAACCAGGAGUACCUGGACCUGUCCGUGCCCCUGGACCAGUACUCUCCGAGCUUUCCUGACACCCGAAGCUCCACCUGCUCCUCAGGGGAGGAUUCUGUCUUCUCUCAUGAGCCGUUGCCCGAGGAGCCCUGUCUGCCCCGACACCCAGCCCAGCUUGCCAAUGGCGGACUCAAACGACGCUGACUAGCACCCCCACCCCCCGUGCCCAGACUCCAUCAUCCGCUGUAUCCCUCACCCCCCACCUCUCCCCUGCGAGACUCACUGCCUUCCCCUUUGCCCCUUUCGUGCCGGCAGGAGCCAGCUGCCUUACCCGAGGCCUUCACCCCACGGAGUUCACCUCUCUUCCUCCUCCUCCUCACAACCUGCUUGUGUGAGAGAGGAGCAGAGAGGCAGAUACUUGCUCAUGGCCACUUCGUCCCCUCCCCUUUGUUGGACCAAGACCCCUCCCCACCACCUCGGAGCAGUGCCUGGAGGGCUGGGGAAUGGGAGAUGAGCAGGCGUGUGGGCAAGAGCUGACCGAGCUUUCCUGUGUUGGUUUUGUCUGCUUCGGGGACCUGUAAGCCCGUGCUCUGGGGGCGGGGGCCUCGUCCUCAGGGCUGCAGCCAUAGCGGGGGUGGGGGGGUGGGGGGGGAGGUCAAGUGCUCCGGGCCUCGGCUGAGGGCAGCCUCUGCCCCAGAUAGAUGGUGCCAGUGGCUUAUUAAUUCCGAUACUAAUUUGCUUUGCUGACCAAAUACCUGGUACCAGAGGAUGGGGAGGCAAAGGCUGGGAGCAGUGUCGUGGCCCUGGGGCUCAGCCCCAAACUGGGGGCUUUGUACAUAGCUAUGAAGAAAACACAAAGUGUAUAAAUCUGAGUAUAUAUUUACAUGUCUUUUUAAAAGGGUCGUUACCAGAGAUUUACCCACUGGGUAAGAUGCUCCUGGUGGCUGGGAAGCAUCAGUUGCUAUAUAUUAAAAACAAAGAAAAAAGAAAAAAAAAAGGAAAAUGUUUUUAAAAAGGUCAUAUAUUUUUUGCUACUUUUGCUGUUUUAUUUUUUUAAAUUAUGUUCUAAACCUAUUUUCAGUUUAGGUCCCUCAAUAAAAAUUGCUGCUGCUUCAUUUUUA